AUGUCUUUGGGAGAUGAUCUUGAUGAUGGCUUAGACUAUGAAGUUGAAGCUAGCGAUUUUGAAGAUGCUGUAGAAGUUGAUAACGAAUUAGAAUUGUCGAAACCUUUGAAAAGAAGCCGAUCCAACAGCGGACAGGAUGAACAGAAGCCAAUAGAAGAAAGGCAAAGCAAACGUCAAAGGAAACUCGCCAAGUCAAACUUACAUCAGAAAAAAGUGGAAAAAGUGGAGCACGAAAAGGAACAGAAAAAGCUGCUUCCGAAAGCGACUGCAGAAUACAUCGUCGAUUAUCUAGCAACUUUGGUCCGUGAGAAAAAUCCAGAUCUGAGUGCUUUGGAACUCGAAGAAAAGUACUUCAAAAAGACGGAUUUUAUCUCCACCGAAAGAUAUCAGAAGGACAGAACACUGGAUAAUUUCCAGGACUUUGUCAACACGUUCUCAAAAUCGCCAAGAGCAGUGAUUCUAUCAGCAUCGAAUAUCAGGGUAGCGGACGUAUUCAGGAGCCUAGGCGGUUCCCAAAACGCGGUCAAGCUUUUCUCAAAGACGAAGCUGAAAGAUGAUGUCGCCCGGGUUGAUCUUUUGUUAAAAGGCGCCAGCCAAGAAGAUAAUGCUGGAAGGAAAAAGUCUAAGGACAAGAAGAAAAAGCAAAACGAAGUUAAGUACUUUGUCUCCACUCCCGGUAGAAUGUCCAAAGUCCUGGAUUCGACUGACGCGCUCUUCGAAGGGAAAGAAAAACUGGACAUUUUCUUGGACGCCAGUUAUCUUGAUCCCAAGACCAACACUUUAUUCACAAGCGAAGAUUGCGCAGCUCUUUUCAAGGUCCUAAAGGAUUUCUUGCUCAAAAAAAGCUCUGUGAAGAUUCUUUUGUUUUGA